AUGUGUGGCAGAAGUGCGCGCGUCGUGUGCGUGUUCGCGGAGCGCGCGUGGGAAGCGGUGCGCGAGUGCGCUUGGGGCGCGCGGCGCUGCGGCGCGUGCGGUGGAGGCGCGGCGCUGCGCGCGCCCGCGCACGUGCUGCCUGCGCUGGCCGCCGCCGCGCGCGCUGCGCAUGCGCGCCUGCAGCCGCCGCUACCGUCGCGCGCCGCGCGCUGGCUGGCCGAUGACGACAUCGUGCGCUUCCUGCAGUCGCUGUCCAACUACCGCGCCGCGCUCGAGCACACCGCACACACGCCGCAGGAGCUUAAGCAAGCAUAUGAACGCGAAGCUGAGAUUCUAGGUUCGAGUCUCGGUGACGGUGAAGUGUCCCGACGUGAGAUUGUCAGUGACAUUAACGUGCUCGCCGAUUUGGCGCUGCUAUGUGAAAGUAUGGACUGGCUUAGCGAAAAUAUCAAAACAUUGCCGAGCUUCGUAUCGGCGCCAACUUCAACGGGCACUUCGCUAAAACUUACGGAAAAGUUCAUCAGUGAGGUUUCAUCGGCUGCCGCUGUUUUAGAAGAUAUAUCCCAGAAGUGCCUACUUUUUUUGCAUUUGGAGAUGCGCAUCGAGUGCUUCCACUACCUGGGGCAGGACGAGCGCGACGAGGCGGCGGGUGAGGCAGGCGGCGGGGAGGGUGGUGAGAGCGGCGCGGCGCGGCUGGCGCACGCGCUGCUCGCGUUCCACGAGCGCGCCGCCGCCGUGCUGGCGCCGUCGCGCCGCGCGUACAUAAUGAACGGGCUCGGUGAAAUGAUGUCAGCGGCGGUCGUGUGGCGUUGGCAGAGCGAGCGCGGCGCGGGCGAGGCGGCGGCGGCGGGUGCGCGGCUCGCGGCGCUUCGGCACUGUCUGGCCGCGCUGCAGCUGCCGCACGACGGGCUGCACUCCGCGCACGCGUACCUGCAGCUGCUGGCCUGCACGCCCGAGCUGCUGGCCUGCACGCCCGAGGAGAGCCGCACCGUAACGCAGCUGCCGCACGACUGGGCUGCACGCUGCGCGCGCGUAUCUGCAGCUGCUGGCCUGCACACCCGAGGUGAGCCGCACCGCACCGCACUGCAGCACGCUGCUGCACGCCGCGCACGCGUAUCUGCAGCUGCUGGCCUGCACGCCCUAGGUGAGCAGCACCGCAACGCAACUGCCGCACGACAGGCUGCACGCCGCGCACGUGUACCUGCAGCUGCUGGCCUGCACGCCCGAGGUGAGCCGCACCGUAACGCAGCUGCCGCACGAUGGGCUGCACACUGCGCGCGCGUAUCUGCAGCUGCUGGCCUGCACACCCGAGGUGAGCCGCACCGCACCGCACUGCAGCUGCCGCAAGACGGUCUGCACGCCACGCACGCGUAUCUGCAGCUGCUGGCCUGCACGCCCGAGGUGAGCAGCACCGCAACGCAGCUGCCGCACGACGGGCUGCACGCCGCGCACCCGUAUCUGCAGGUGCUUUCCUGCACGCCCGAGGUGAGCCGCACCGUAACGCAGCUGUCGCACGAUGGGCUGCACGCCACUCACGCGUAUCUGCAGCUGCUGGCCUGCACGCCCGAGGUGAGCCGCACCGCAACGCAGAUGUCGCACGACGGGCUGCACGCCGCGCACGUAUACCUGCAGCUACUGGCCUGCACGCCCGAAGUGAGCCGCACCGUAACGCAGCUGCCGCACGAUGGGCUGCACACUGCGCGCGCGUAUCUGCAGCUGCUGGCCUGCACACCCGAGCUGCUGCACGCCGCUCACGCGUAUCUGCAGCUGCUGGCCUGCACGCCCGAGGUGAGCCGCACCGCAGCGCAGCUGCCGCACGACGCGCUGCACGCCGCGCACGCGUAUCUGCAGCUGCUGGCCUGCACGCCCGAGGUAGCUGCUGGCCUGCACGCCCGAGGUGAGCCGCACCGCAACGCAGCUGCCGCACGACAUGCUGCACGCCGCGCACGCGUAUCUGCAGCUGCUGGCCUGCACGCCCGAGGUGAGCCGCACCGCAGCGCAGCUGCCGCACGACGCGCUGCACGCCGCGCACGCGUAUCUGCAGCUGCUGGCCUGCACGCCCGAGGUGAGCCGCACCGCAACGCAGCUGCCGCACGACAUGCUGCACGCCGCGCACGCGUAUCUGCAGCUGCUGGCCUGCACGCCCGAGGUGAGCCGCACCGCAACGCAGCUGCCGCACGACAUGCUGCACGCUGCGCACGCGUAUUUGCAGUUGCUGGCCUGCACACCCGAGGUGAGCCGCACCGCACCGCACUGCAGCUGCUGUACGCCGCGCACGCGUAUCUGCGCCUGCACGCCCGAGGUGAGCCGCACCGCAACGCAGCUGCCGCAGGACAUGCUGCACGCCGCGCACGCGUAUCUGCAGCUGCUGGCCUGCACGCCCGAGGUGAGCCGCACCGCAACGCAGCUGCCGCACGACAUGCUGCACACCGCGCACGCGAAUCUGCAGCUGCUGUUCUGCACACCCGAGGUGAGCCGCACCGCACCGCACUGCAUCUGCUGUACGCCGCACACGCGUAUCUGCAGCUGCUGGCCUGCACGCCCGAGGUGAGCCGCACCGCAGCGCAGCUGCCGCACGACGCGCUGCACGCCGCGCACGCGUAUCUGCAGCUGCUGGCCUGCACGCCCGAGGUGAUCCGCACCGCAACGCAGCUGCCGCACGACAUGCUGCACGCCGCGCACGCGUAUCUGCAGCUGCUGGCCUGCACGCCCGAGGUGAGCCGCACCGCAACGCAGCUGCCGCACGACAUGCUGCACGCUGCGCACGCGUAUCUGCAGCUGCUGGCCUGCACGCCCGAGGUGAGCCGCACCGCACCGCACUGCAGCACGCUGCUGUACGCCGCGCACGCGUAUCUGCAGCUGCUGUCCUGCACGCACGAGGUGAGCCGCACCGCAAUGCAGCUGCCGCACGACAUGCUGCACGCCGCGCACGCGUAUCUGCAGCUGCUGGCCUGCACGCCCGAGGUGAGCCGCACCGCAACGCAGCUGCCGCACGACAUGCUGCACGCCGCGCACGCGUACCUGCAGCUGCUGGCCUGCACACCCGAGGUGGCCUGCACGCCCGAGGUGAGCCGCACCGCAACGCAGCUGCCGCACGACAUGCUGCACGCCGCGCACGCGUAUUUGCAGUUGCUGACCUGCACACCCGAGGUGAGCCGCAUCGCACCGCAACUGCAGCUCGACGGGCUGUACGCCGCGCACGCGUAUCUGCAGCUGCUGGCCUGCACGCCCGAGGAGAUAAUAACGUGCGUGCGCGAGAAGGGCCCUCAGUUCUCUGAGCUGGAGUACCUGAACGCGUUCAAAGUGAUCGGCGCUCGCCGUGGCCUGCCUGCUGCCGCCAUGCGCGCGCACCUGCAGCGCCUGGCGCAGGCGCUGGGACACGUCGGCGUCACCGUGUGA